AUGGGGACCCCCGCAUUCAUCAUCACCCUUGGGGACCCAUGUGUCCAGACCCCCCAUGUCCAUGAGCUGGGACCAGAGGUGGGACACAGAGCCCAACUGCACCAGCCCCCCGGGGCUGAGCAGGGUUGUCGCGGGGAGUGCCUCAACGGGGAGCCCGGUCCUGGGAUGUCCGAGAGAGACCGUGUGCCCGAGGCUCACCCCGAUCCUAAGGAGACCUGUCCCCUCGCCGAGGGAGGCGGGGAGCGGGUGGAGGGACAGGUCCUGUGUGCUGAGCGGGUGGUCAGGAUCACCAAGACCUACCACGACAUUGACGCCGUCACCAACCUGCUGGAUGAGAAGGAGCGGGACCUGGAGCUGGCGGCGCGCAUCGGGCAGUCCCUGCUGAAGCAGAACCGGAGCCUGACCGAGCGCAAUGAGCUGCUGGAGGAGCAGCUGGAGUUGGCCAAGGAGGAGAUUGCGCAGCUGCGCCACGAGGUCUCCAUGCGGGAUGACCUUCUCCACUUUUACACCACCACGACAGAGGAGAGCGAGCCCACCACCACCACCUCCACACCGCUGCGCCGGCACGAGUCCUCGCUGUCCCUGCAGCAGUACUUCCAGUACGACACCUUGCAGCAGAAGCUGAAAUGCCUGGAGGAGGAGAACCAGAAGCUUCGCAUGGAGGCCACCAGCAUCGCCACAGAGACCUGUCAGUAUGAGGACCAGGAGCAGCAGCUGAUGAUCGACUGCGUGGAGCAGUUCUCCGAAGCGAGCCAGCAGGUCGUUCACCUGUCGGAGGAGCUGGCGCACCGGGCGGAGGACGCGGCGCGGCAGCAGGAGGAGAUCACGCAGCUCCUGGCGCAGGUCGCGGACCUGCAGCAGAAGUGCCGCACGUACGGCUCCGAGGUGGAGGAGCUCCAGCAGCACCUGACUGGGCAGGAUGGAUCCCCACCCAGGAGCAGCAUCUUCAGCUGGAACCUGGUGGAGAAGCUGCGGCGCCUGGGGCUGGACAAGGUGGUGGCCAGAGGGGAGAUGUCCUGUGCCCAGGGAGGGCACAGGGGGGCCCGGGGCACCCUGACGUGA